UUUGUAAACGCCCUGUGUUCAAUUCUCCAUCGUUUCUUCGCUUCAUUUUCUAAAAGUGUCUGAAAAAUUUUUCGUUUUGUGGUGUUUGCGAUUUCUUCUGCUAUUAUUAUUGAUAAAAAGCAAUAUAUUAUUUUAAAGCAAACGAAAAAGGAUUGAAAUGAACUUUUGUUAGUUAUGAAUCGUAGAGGUAUUAACACAAACACAAAUAUAAAUUCACAAACAGUCAUGGACGAUGCCAGUUGGAAAAACGUAAAUGUGCCCGAAAAUGCUUCAAUGUUGGGUGGUGGUAAUAAUAACCCCUCCUUGAAUCCUGAUGCUUCCAAUCAAGGAGGUUUUGCCCAGGGCAAUAUGCCGUAUGGUGGUUCCAAUACACCUUAUUCACAGGCUGGUCAAAAUUCUCCGGCUGGCAACCAACCAUUAGUAUUUCCUAAUGCCAAUCCUACAGGUUCUAAUACACCACAAUACACAUCGUCACCUGCUCCUUCGGGUUCCUCAACACCAGGACCAGUUGCACAGCAAAAUAUGUCGGGGCCAUAUCCUCAACCAGCGAAUUCCGGCAAUUUUAAUGGACCAGUCGGUGGACCCUUCGGUUCGCCCUCUUCAGGCAUGGGACAGUUCAGUCGUCCGGCAAGUUCGGGCACUCCAUUUAAUAGUGGCCAAGGUGGACAUUUCCCCGGCCAAGCGGUUUUUAACGUCGGCGGUCAGUUCAAUUCGAUGCCCCCAACCUCAUCAUUCGGUCAUGGUGGUGGUCACCCCAUGAUGGGAGGGCCACAAAUGGAUCGUAUAGAUCCUGGCUACAGACGCCACAACUCGUAUUUUAGCCACACGGAACAUCGUGUGUUCGAAAUGAAUAAACGUCUGCAGCAACGUACAGAAGAAAGCGAUAAUUGUUGGUGGGACUCUUUCACAACGGAAUUCUUCGAAGACGAUGCCAAGCUUACAGUACUCUUCUGUUUGGAAGAUGGUCCGAAACGUUACACAAUAGGACGUACAUUGAUUCCGCGCUUUUUCCGCAGUAUUUACGAGGGUGGUGUAUCUGACUUGUAUUUCCAAUUGAAACACGCAAAGGAAUCUUUUCACAAUACCUCGAUUACAUUGGAUUGCGACCAGUGUACGGUUAUCACACAACAUGGCAAACCGUUCUUUACGAAAGUAUGCGCAGAUGCCCGUCUUAUUUUGGAGUUCAUGUAUGACGACUAUAUGCGCAUUAAAUCGUGGCACAUGACAAUCAAAGGUCACCGAGAACUUAUACCGCGGUCAGUAAUUGGCACUUCACUACCAUCAGACCCUAUGAUUUUGGAGCAAAUUACCAAAAACAUCACUAGAGCUGGCAUUACAAACUCUACAUUGAACUAUUUGCGUCUGUGUGUGAUAUUGGAACCUAUGCAAGAGCUUAUGUCGCGGCAUAAGGCGUAUGCGUUAAGUCCCCGCGAUUGUUUGAAGACGACCCUUUUUCAGAAGUGGCAAAGAAUGGUCGCCCCCCCGGGAAAAAAAGACCCGCAGAGGCCGGCGAACAAAAGGCGCAAAAGAAAAGGGUCAAACUCGGGCGGGGGCGCAAACGCAAACACGCCACCAGUGAGUAAUCAAAAGCGCUCCCCGUCCGGUCCUAACUUCUCACUGUCGUCACAAGAUGUUAUGGUUGUCGGUGAACCCACCCUAAUGGGUGGCGAGUUUGGUGAAGAAGAUGAGCGACUCAUAACACGUUUGGAAAACACUCAGUACGAUGGCACCAACGCUAUGGACCACGAAAAUCACACUGGCUUUGGUCAUUCAGAUUCACCCAUUUCUGGUGCAAACCCCUGGAAUAUCGAUAGAUCAGGUGCAAUACCAGCUAGUCCCGGUAGUGGGUCUGUACAGAAUAAUGCAAACAUGGCUGAUAUAGAUAAGAAAAGUCCAAUAGUAUCACAGUAAAAUAUAUAAAUAUAUAGUUUCUUUUUUUAUUAAAUUAAAUAAAAAUACAUAAAAUUUUAGCGUAGUUACGUUAAGUAAAAAUUGUAUUUUGACAAAGCAAUUAUAUAUAAGAGCAACAAAACAAGCAGACACAGAACACAUUCUCAUAACUCUAAAUACCAAUCAAAUGCAAUCCAGACUCCUUUGAAGCAUCAUACUACUCUAUAUUGUAUUAAUGUAAAACCACACGCUCACACAAACACACAAUUAUUAAUAAUAAUAAUCAUAAACCAAUAUAAAAUAAA